AUGGGACCCCCGCCCCCACCUCCUCCACCCCCUCCAUGCUUACCCGCAGCGAUACUACCAUCUGGCGGGUGGAAGACAACGCAGACACCACGACGUGACAACAAUACCGUAUCUGCGGCGUCCAAGCAAGUCCGUCCAACAGUGGACUCUGCGGCACUACAGCACGCUGCCGCUCGCCUGCGCAAGACCGGCUACCACGAACAGAUACGAGGUGACGUCUCGAAUCUAUCCGAUGGACGAGUGGCAGGAGAGAAUCAACGACUGCCUAACGGAAAUCGGACGUACGGCUCGCAGUUCAAUCAGCUGGGAAGCGAUACGUCCAGAGAGCCGAUACAUGCUUCGCCCGCUUAUUCCGUGCACGCUGAUCCGGUCCGCGUCGUACGUGGAUGUGCCAAUCCGCGCAUAAAUAUCCAAACAACUGCCACACCACAACCGCCCGCCGCCCAUGACUUGACAUCAAAAAAUCCUUAUCAAACAAUCAACAAACCAUUUUCUGAGUCCUAUAUAGAAAACAGAUUUGAAUCGUCCGAUAUAACUCGUACCAGAAGCCCUCUACCAUUCACCAGCACUGCCCAAACACAGCCACACUACAGAAACGUCAGUCCCCCACAACCAUACGCUCCACCACAUUAUGAAAAUCAACCAUAUACUCCGUUUCGUAAUGAAAAUGAUACUUACACGCUACGCACACGCAGUCCUCCACGCUCGCAACCGUUGUCGCAGUAUAGCCCCUCCGACAACUACAACUACCGUACUUUUACUAAAGAGACAUCUCGUAAGGAACAACACACUACAAGUCCACGAACAACUGAGCUCGAAUGGACCACACCAUAUCAUCCACCGUCCGAUCACUCACCGAUUCUUGAUCCACACGCUCGUAUCCGUGACUAUGCUACAAGCCAUUACGUCGAAGAAGAACCAGCAAGUCAUGAUUAUACUCGUUCUGUACGACGAGAAACAAAUACCCGUCCUGCUCCUCAGGAUUUUGCCACAUCGAUUCGAGAUCACGGUCUUACCGUCACUCAACGUGAAGCAAACCGAUACCAAUCCAGCACCUUACGCUCACAUGACGGGCUCCCAUUCGACGCGAACCGAAUCUAUCAGCAAUCCUAUUCCGGUGACGAAGUCGAUCGUCUUGUUACAAACAUGCAAACUGAGAUGCACGUCACUCGAUCACCAUCGGGACCAGCCGCAUCCAGAACAGUCUGCGUUUCGUGCAAAUCUGAAAUCACCCCCGAAAAGCCUGGAUGCACGGCGUUGGAUCAGAUAUUCCACGUAGCCUGCUUCAAAUGCAAAAAAUGCGAUACAAGACUUGCUGGUGCCUCAUUUUACAAUAUCGAAAAUGAUCCGAUUUGUGAAAAAUGCUAUGUGGACUCGUUAGAGAAAUGUUCGAAAUGUUGCAAGCCAAUCUCGGAUCGACUAUUACGCGCCGUUGGUGGAACAUACCAUGUCGAUUGCUUCACAUGUACGAAUUGCAGUAGGACAUUGGAUGGUGUUCCGUUUACUACCGAUGCGCAAAACAACGUACAUUGUGUGCCCUGUUUCCAUGAGAAAUUCGCUCCUCGUUGUGCCGUCUGUCAGAAAGGAAUCGUUCCGCAAGAGGGUGAAAAAGAAUCCGUGCGAGUCGUUGCCAUGGAUAAAUCCUUCCAUCCGAGCUGUUACAAAUGUGAAGAUUGCGGACUUCUCUUGUCCAGUAAGGUCGAAGGAGCUGGUUGCUAUCCUCUCGACUCCCAUCUGUACUGCAAGACGUGUAACAUGAAUCGGCUGCGUAUGCAGGCUACUGCAUAA